GAUCCGAAUUCAGUUUCCUUGCCCCAAAGGCUCAACCCCGUCGGAUGCAGCAGGAAACGACGCACUCCGCCCCCUUUCCGCUGCUCCGAGAUCCAAGCAAUAACCCUACAUCGACAGUUCUUCGUCGAUUCGAAGCCGAUCUCUGCAAGCCAUAGUCGUAGAUUGAGGGACGACCUCUCGAUUCCGCUCAUCCAUGGCGCUUAAUCUGCGGCAGAAGCAAACCAAUCACAUCGUCCGGAUGCUCAAUCUGAACCAGCCGCCGAACCCCGGCGGUGGGAUCUCGUCGGGCGCCGGCGCCAACGAGGAGGUGUACAAGAUCCUGAUCAUGGAUGCCUUCUGUCGCGGCGUCCUCUCUCCGCUGAUCCGCGUCAACGACCUCCGGAAGCAUGGAGUCACCCUCUACUUCGGCAUCGACAAGGAGCGCCAGAAGGUGCCCGACGUCCCCGCCAUCUACUUCGUCCGUGCCACUCCCGACAACGUUGAACGGAUCGCCGCCGACGCCGGCCGCGGCCUCUACGACUCAUUCCACCUGAACUUCUCUUCCUCCCUCCCUCGCCCCCUCCUCGAGGAUCUCGCGCGAAGGACCCUUGAGAAGGACGCCGUCCACCGGAUUUCCAAGGUCUAUGACGAGUAUCUCGAGUUCGUCUCGCUCGAGAACGGCUUCUUCUCGCUCGCUCAGCCGAAGACCUACGUCCAGAUCAACGAUCCCUCCGCUGGGGAGCGCGAGAUCGAGGACAUCUUGGAGAAAAUAGUCAGCGGGUUGUUCUGCGUGCUUGCCACGCUUGGAGUUGUCCCGGUAAUUCGGUGUGCCCGCGGUGGCCCAGCCGAGAUGGUUGCAUCUGCCCUGGAUGCUCGUUUGCGUGAUCAUUUGGUCACGAGAAACAAUCUUUUCAUGGAGGGUGCUGGUCUUACGAGCUCAUUCCAGCGUCCGAUCCUCUGUUUGUUCGAUCGGAAUUUUGAACUGUCAGUUGGGAUCCAGCAUGAUUGGAACUACCGCCCACUCAUUCACGAUGUACUGGGGAUAAAGCUCAACAGGGUGACAAUGCCUGCAGAAAAGUCUGCCGUGAAGUCAUAUGAGUUGGAUGACUCUGAUCCGUUUUGGGUCGCUAAUAGUUGGUCUCCAUUUCAGAAGGUAGCAGAGGAGAUUGAGAUCCAGUUGAGCAAGUACAAGCAGGAUGCUGAUGAAGUGAACAGGCGUACUGCUGGGAAGGAUGGGGCUGAGUUUGAAGGGACAUAUCAUAUUGGCGAUACAAAGCAUUUGGCGAAUGCAAUUAAUUCACUUCCUGAGCUUACAGAACGGAAAAUGAUAAUCGACAAACACACUAACAUUGCAACUGUCCUUUUGGGUGAGAUCAAGGAGAGGUCUUUGGAUGCUUACUGCACCCUUGAAACUGAUAUGCUGACCAAAGGAAGUGUAGAUAGGAGUGCAUUGCUUAGUCUUCUCAGAGGGAAAGGUACUAAGGCAGAUAAGGUUCGUCUUGCAAUAGCUUAUCUUCUUUCUUUGGAGACCACACCACAAGCUGAAGUGGAAUCGAUAGAGACGGCAUUGAGGGAGUCUGAGGUGGAUACACGUGCAUUUCAUUAUGUAAAAAAAAUAAAGUCUUUGAAUGCACAAUUGACAGCCUCAGCAAGCUCUAGUAGCAGGAGCAACAUUGUGGAUUGGGCUGAGAAACUUUAUGGGCAGUCCAUUAGUGCUGUGACUGCAGGGAUGAAGAAUCUCUUGUCAGGAGGGAGAGAGCUGGCACUAACAAGGACAGUGGAGGACUUGAUGGAAGGGAAGCCAAAUCCAGAGGUUGAUUCUUAUCUUAUCUUUGAUCCACGGGCUCCAAAGACAGGAUCUGGAGUGCAAUUGAAGGGACCCUUCAAGGAAGCGAUUGUUUUCAUGAUAGGUGGAGGGAAUUAUGUCGAAUAUAGAAGUUUAAUGGAGCUGGCACAACGCUCACAGCCAGUGAAACAUGUGAUUUAUGGGACUACAGAGCUCCUUAACGGGACUGAAUUUGUUGAGCAGCUUACUGAGUUGGGGCAGAAGAUGGGUCUAGGAAAUAGUGGAGUUACCCCACCCCAAUGAGGAAUAAAAGUAUCACAUCAUGUGGUGUUACUUGAAGAGAGUUCUGUGAGAUUGUUUGUAUGCAGGUUAAGAUCAAAGUUCAGCCUUGUAAACCAAUCUGAGGUUUUGUGGCAAUCCUCGAUGGACUUGAACGCAGUGGCAUUCUUCUGAAGUAAUCAGCCAUGUAGGUCUGCCACCUUAUACCGUGCUCCUUUUCUUUCCCUUUUUUAUUAUAAUAUUCUGAUGCCGUUAAGAACCUA